AUGGUUAUUUCUAAAAGAGACGUUGAUACUUCAAGAUUUGAAACACUUCGGUUGCAUGACAAGAUGAGAGAACUUUGUUUACUCAAAGCUGAAGAAGAGAAUUUUGUACAAACCAUUGACACAUCAACUGCAAAGUCGAAAUUUCCUUGUAAAUCUCGCAGACUUGCUGUUGUACGUUGUCCCGGUGAAGCAUUUAGUUUCGACACGGAGGUGAAGAAUCCAAGCCUAAGAACUCUCUUGUUUAUCGAGUGCAGAAGAUGGAAGGCAACAAGUUUAUUGUUUACAAGGCAUAAGCUGAUGAGAGUGUUAGAUCUCUCUUAUGUGGAUUUUAAAGGAGGGAAGGUCCCCUCUAGCAUCGGGAAGCUCAUCCACUUGAGAUAUCUUAGUUUAGUGUGGACAAAUGUAACUCAACUGCCUGCUUCUAUGCGGAAUCUGAAGAAGCUGCUCUAUUUAAACCUAGAUGUAAUUUGCUUCUCCACUGUACUCGACAUGCCCAAUAUCUUGAAAGAGAUGCGAGAGUUGACAUUCUUGUGUUUGCCGAUGAGCUUAGAUGAUAAGACAAAGUUGGAAUUGGGAAAUCUGGUCAAGCUGGAGACGUUGGAGUGUUUCUCCACAAAAUAUGGGAGAGACGGAUCUGAAGGGUAUGACGCGGCUCAGAUCUCUCUCUAUCUUUAUUAG